AUGUCUUCCUCGGAGACGAGCUCGCAUGAGCACAAGGCCGCUCACGACGCGUCUGAGCAAAACAAAGAUGCGUCUGGGAGCGCCCCAACACGCUCGCGUCGUGGUCUCGUCUUGGGCGUCGCAGCAGCAGCAAUUGUAACUCUAGCUCUCGCACUCGGGCUAGGACUUGGACUCGGACUACGCCAUAACCACGGCCAAAACUCCUCCUCAAACCCGAGCGCGAGCGCAGGCACAUCUGGCGGCGAUGGCAGCAUCCCAAGUAGCCUCGCGGUAGUGGGCACUCCAGAUGCCAGUGCCGCGUUCCUUUCCAUGGACAUCGCGAAUGCAGCGCCUACGACACGCAACUACGACUUUGUCGUAGAAGAGCGUAGAGGCGCGCCGGACGGCGUCGAGAAGCUCAUGCUCGUCGUCAAUGGCCAGUUUCCGGGACCCACCAUCGAAGCCAAUGCCGGCGAUCGCGUAGUCGUCAAUGUCACAAACAAACUCCCCAACUCAACUGCGAUACAUUGGCAUGGGCUAUUCCAGCGUAACACCAAUUUCUAUGAUGGCACUUUGGCGAUCACUCAGUGUGGCAUCCCUCCCGGCGAGUCCAUGGUCUAUAACUUCACAUUCGACGGCUAUGUCGGCAGCACCUGGUGGCACGCCCAUGCUGGAACACAAUACACCGACGGAAUCACGGGAGCCUUGAUCGUGCACGCGAAAAACGAGUCCGUCCCCGCGUACGACGGCGACCUCGCUCUCCAGAUGGCGGACCUCUACCACGGAUUCUCCCCCGCCCUCCUCAACCUCUACUUCACUCCCGGGGGAAUUGAGGGCACCCCUGGAAACGAGCCCGUCCCGGAUGGCGGCACGAUCAACGGUGUCGGCCAGUACGGCGCGUCCAACAGCUCCUUCUUCAAUGUAACCCUCGAGGCCAACAAGACGUAUCGCCUCCGGCUCAUCAACUCGGGCUCGUUUGUCGCGAUGCUCUUCUCCGUGGACGGCCACGUGCUCACCGUGAUCGAGGCGGACGGCACACCCGUCACUCCGUUCGACGUAGCGAGCGUGUCCGUCGCGGUCGCGCAGCGAUACAGCGUGCUCUUGCACACGAAUGGCAGCGCGGGCGCGUAUUGGAUGCGCGCGGGGCUCGACCAGGAUGCGUUCACUUACGACAACCCGGGAGUCCAGACGGAAGUGCGCGGUAUCCUGCGCUAUGGGGUGGACAACGACGCCAUACCGGAUGUCGCGCUCCUCGAUAACCCUCCCGAUCUGCCAAAUGGCUCUCCGGGUGACCUCGACACGGAUGACCUCGUUCCUGUUGGCGGCGGACCUGCUCCUAAUGCUACUUUCAGCGUGUAUUUCACUAUCUCGAUGCAGUACACGGGCGGGCCGAACUACCUGUCCCAGUUCCUCUCGUUCAUCAACAGCACGUCCUGGGAGCCGCUGCAGGGCACAUCGAGCCUAUUCUCGCAUCUGGGCAACCAAACUGCGGACGGCUCAGCCACGCUCGCGGACUCACAACUGGUCACGACGAUCGACGAAGAGCACAUCGUCGAAUUUAUCAUCGACAACCUGGACGACGGGGACCACCCGUUCCACCUGCACGGUCACAAGUUCUGGAUCGUCGGGACCGGUGCGGGACGAUACCAGCACCAAGCCCUUGACAACAAGGCGCCGAUGCUGCGCGAUACCCUCGUAAUCCCCGCGUACACCUACACGAUCCUGCGCUUCGUCGCGGACAACCCCGGCUUCUGGGCAUUCCACUGCCACAUCCAGUGGCACAUGGCCGCGGGGCUCCUGUUCCAGGUGAACGUCCUCCCGUCGGAGAGCGCGAAGUUCGCGAUCCCGCAAUACAUGCUCGACCAAUGUGCCAAUGCGGGGAACCAGCAGCCGUGA